AUGUCAUCCAUGCGAGGCCUCGUCCAGUUCAUUGCAGACCUGCGCAAUGCGCGGGCGCGAGAACUGGAGGAGAAGCGCGUGAAUAAGGAGCUGGCCAACAUUCGGCAGAAAUUCAAGGCCGGCAAUCUGAACGGCUAUCAGAAGAAGAAGUAUGUCUGCAAGCUGCUCUACGUCUACAUCCAGGGCUACGACGUCGACUUCGGACACCUGGAAGCCGUCAAUCUCAUUUCCUCGAACAAAUACUCCGAGAAGCAGAUCGGCUACCUGGCGGUUACCUUGUUUUUGCAUGAGGAGCACGAGCUGCUUCAUCUGGUCGUGAACAGUAUUCGGAAAGAUUUGCUGGACAACAAUGAAUUAUUUAAUUGUCUGGCGCUGCAUGCUGUGGCCAAUGUGGGUGGCCGGGAACUCGGAGAAGCAUUGGCGACCGAGGUUCACCGACUCCUGAUCUCACCGACAUCCAAAGCGUUUGUCAAGAAAAAAGCCGCUCUCACAUUGCUCCGAUUGUACCGCAAGUACCCCGGAAUUGUCAGAAACGAAUGGGCCGAACGAAUCAUCUCGAUCAUGGAUGACCCCGAUAUGGGAGUCACACUAUCUGUCACUUCUCUUGUCAUGGCGCUCGCCCAGGAUAUGCCCGAGGAAUACAAGGGAAGCUACGUGAAAGCGGCCCAGAGGCUGAAGCGAAUCGUGGUUGACAACGACAUCGCUCCCGACUACCUUUACUACCGUGUUCCAUGCCCAUGGAUUCAGGUCAAGCUGCUACGCCUGUUACAAUACUACCCACCCUCCCAAGACAGCCAUGUCCGCGAGAUCAUUCGCGAAUCCCUGGCGCAGAUCAUGCAGUCAGCCAUGGAAACACCCAAAAACGUCCAACAGAACAAUGCUCAAAAUGCCAUCCUUUUCGAAGCCAUCAAUCUACUCAUUCAUCUUGAUUCUGAGCAUACCCUGAUGAUGCAGAUCUCCGCUCGUCUGGGCAAAUACAUCCAGUCUCGCGAGACCAACGUCCGAUACCUGGGAUUGGAUGCCUUGACCCAUUUCGCUGCUCGAGCAGAGACACUCGAUCCUAUUAAGAAGCAUCAGAAUAUCAUACUUGGCUCCCUUCGAGACCGAGAUAUCAGUGUCCGUCGUAAGGGCCUUGAUUUACUGUACAGCAUGUGCGAUACUUCCAAUGCGGCGCCCAUUGUCAAUGAACUUCUGCGCUAUCUGCAGACCGCCGACUAUGCGAUUCGUGAGGAGAUGGUGCUCAAGGUUGCUAUUCUUACGGAAAAGUAUGCCACCGAUGCACAGUGGUACAUCGACAUGACCCUGAAGCUGCUGUCACUUGCUGGCGACCACGUCAACGAAGAAGUUUGGCAGCGUGUCAUUCAGAUCGUCACGAACAACGAGGAGCUCCAGGCAUAUGCGGCCCAUACGCUACUUGGGUACCUCAAGACCGAUUGCCAUGAGAGCUUGGUGAAGAUUGGCUGCUAUGUACUUGGCGAGUUUGGCCACCUAAUCGCCGAUAAUCCCGGAUCAAGCCCAAUUGAGCAGUUCCUCGCCCUACAAGCGAAGAUGUUCACCGGAUCUGACAAUGCUCGAGCUAUGAUUUUGUCAUCCUUUGUCAAGUUUGUCAAUUUGUUCCCUGAAAUCAAACCGCAACUCCUGCAAAUCUUCCGCCUCUACAGUCACUCUCCAGACUCUGAGUUGCAGCAGCGAGCGUUCGAGUAUCUUUCUCUUGCAACGCUCCCCACGGACGAUCUUCUACGGACAGUCUGUGACGAAAUGCCGCCCUUCUCCGAAAGAACGUCUAUCCUUCUGUCUCGACUGCACCAGAAGACAGCGGGUACCAGCGAGAAGAAGACCUGGGUUGUUGGUGGAAAAGACGCCAAUGCGGACAAGCAAGAAGUUCUCAUGGCACAGCACACUGGCCUCAAGCGCACAUUUACCACCAUCGUCCACGGCACGCGCAAAGGAUCCAAUGGAGGAAUCACCCCGACCAGCGCUACCAGUGCAUCGGGUGACCUGGCGGGGCUGGACUUUAACGGACCCUCGGCUCCUCCUCCUAACCUAGCCAGCGCCGCGCACUUGACCCCGGAUUGGGACAUUGGCUACAACCGACUCUACUUCUCGCACGAGGGUGUGCUCUUCGAAGAUGCACAGAUUCAGGUUGGACUGCGGUCAGAGUACCGUGGUCAUAUGGGUGUGGUGAAGAUGUACAUUUCGAAUAAGUCCGCCUACGCCAUCAACUCCCUGACCACGACUAUCGAAAACCCAGCUGCGCCAAACUUGAAGAUAGAUACCAAGAACCUGCCCGACUCAAGCGUUGCCGCAGCUGGGCAGACCCAGCAGACCAUUUUCUGCGCGACCCAUGGGCCUUUCUCGGAUGCACCUACCAUCCGUAUCUCCUACCUGGCUGGUGCUCUGCAGGCAUAUACCCUACAGUUGCCAGUGCUAAUGCACCGGUAUAUGGAGCCGUCCUCGCUUUCUGCAGAUGAGUUCUUCAAGCGCUGGCGCCAGAUUGGCGGUGGUCCACUGGAGGCACAGAAGACCUUUGGCCUUCACGGCAAGAAUAAGGUGAUUGACGAGUCGUCUACUAGGAAGAUGGUGGAAGGGUUUGGAUGGAAGAUCCUGGAUGGCGUGGAUCCCAACUCGAAGAACAUUGUCGGUUGCAGUGUGUAUCAGUUUGAGGGGGGCAAGACGGGCUGUCUGUUGCGACUGGAGCCCAACUACGAGAAGUCGAUGUACCGAGUCACAAUUCGUGCCACGAAAGAAGGUGUGCCGCAGGGAUUGGCGCGACAGAUGGAGCAGAAACUGUCUCAAGGAAUCACGAGAGAUGCCUAUGACUAG